GGUCAACAUCACGCAUCUCUAAACACUACUAUCUAGGGCAAGAAUAUCUAGGACAUUUGCCAAAGGAUAUGUUUAUAGUUGUUUUUCUUUUGAAGUUACUCAAAUAAACAUGGCGGUAAAAAAGGAGAGAGUUGAUUACGGAGACUUAAGAAAAUGCGGAGAAAUAACCACACUGUUGUCAAUAGAGAGAAAAGAAUUUUUCUUGAACUGUGAAUUCUGUGACCAUUCAUUUUUGCAAUUGGGCGAUUUUAUACAACACAUGUGCGAAGACCACUUGAACAGAUUUGUGGAAAUAAAUCUGAGAAAACCAGAGACAGACUUUCUUGUUUCAGAAAGAAAACAGGAUUCCGCAGAAAUCGACAUGAAAUCGGAAGAGUAUUAUGAGGAAGAUGAUAGUGAACAGUUUUACAAUGACUUUGAAAAAGUUGAAAUAGAGUUGGACACAAGUGAAAUGAGUAUUCUUCCACUAGAUACUGAAGCAGCAGUAUCGGGUACAAUAUCGGACGAAGAAAGCAUGCAAUCUUUCGAAGAUAAUGGAGCAGCUACGUUAUCAGAAGAGAUAAACGAUACCGACAGCGAGUCAGACCUGACCCUUGAGCAGGAGAACGCACAAUACGAUUUCCCGGAACUCAGCAAAAACAAAAUCGAAGAAAAAGAGGCUAAUAAAAGAUUUAAUAUCGAAUUUAUUGAAGAGUAUCGUUCUUUACCGGCAUUGUGGGACACAAGUUCUAAGGCGUACCAUGACCGUAUUUUAAAAAGGGAGCAGUAUGAUAUUUUACUAAAAAAAUAUAAAGAGAAAUACCCAAAUGCGACGGUGACUAAUGUUAAAGAAAAAAUACAGGCGCUCCGCACAAAUUUUAGGCGGGCAUUAAAACAAAGAUCUUCGUCUGGAAUAUCAACCCUAUACUAUUUUGAUGCAAUGAAUUUUUUGUCUAGCAUUACACGAGUUUCUGACUUGGAUGAAACACAUGUAAGUUUUUAAAAUGCUCUAUGAAAAUAUUAAUU